AUGUCAUUUACAACAGACUUCAUUUCUGCAUUGGAUUUAGCCAUUCGUUACCUUAAUAUUUCUGCUGAAUCAUUUGUUUUUAUUUUUGGUAUAAUUGGUAAUAUUCUCAACAUCAUUGUUUUCAUAAGUUUGAAAACAUUUCGUACAAAUCCAUGUGCUUUUUGUCUGCUCAUAUUAUCAAUAUCUGAUAGUGGCAUGUUAUUAUUUAAUACAUUGCCAAAUAUUUUUGUGAAUAUCUUCAAAGUUUACGGCAACGUGAAUAGCAUGUUUCCAUGCAAAAUAUCAAUAGCUUUUGGACAAGUAUUCGGUUUAAUGUCACACAUGAUAAUGUGUGUGGCUGUUAUUGAUCAAUGUAUGUCAACAUCAACGUAUGAACGACGUCAAGGUAUCAAUCUCAAAUUGAUGCGAUGCUUAAUUGUUAUUUUUAUAUUUGUUUCUAUUUUACACGGCAUUCCAUUUCUUGUUUUUUAUGAUUUCCAACCAUUACCCGGAAUAAAUGCGACGGCAUGUGUUCCCAAAAAUAAAGAUGGACCGUUUGCUAAGUAUGCCAUAUAUGUUAGUUUUCCUAUCAUUCAAGGUUUUAUACCUAUUUCCAUCAUGAGUGUAUUUGGUCUGAUGGCUUUUCGUAAUGUUCGUACUAUGUCCAAAAGAAAAGUAUCUAUUAUACGGCUACGUUUGGAACAAUAA